AUGCGCAGUGCGACUGCUCAGCACCCGCUGACCGAUGCCCAGCCCCUGCCCGGCCAGCGAUCCCAGAGAGGAGAGUCCGGGAGCCACUGUCCGGAAAACCCGAGCGGAGAUUCUCGACCACCCCACGUGUGUGCACUGAGCGUGACGCUCGGCGGCGGGGAAUAUUCCGUCGGCCAGUUUGGGCCCGUUGUUUUGGCUGUGCCCCCCGCCCGCCCCGGUUCUCGGGUACCCGCGCACUUGCGGGCCGUGCGUGGGACGUUGAAAAGCUCUGGCUUUCCUGGACGCGGCUCAGAGUGUCUCGGAUUGGGAAUGCGGGAUCUUGGCAUUUCGGGAUCGCUGGCCGGGAACGGGCUGGGGGACGGGAGUGAUUGCGGGGGGAGCCCCGCCCGUUUCCUCGGGGUCUGCCGUCACCUCCGGGUGGCCGAGGGGCCGUGUGCCUCCCCGGCACCCUGGGGGGGUCGCCCUGGGUGUCGGGGCGAUGUCCUCCUGCCCCGGGUCCCCACAGGAGCUCCCGCGCCGCGGGGGGACAGCGACGGCCGCGACCGAGAUGCCCCAGGAGCCGUGGGGCAACGCCGAGGAGCCCCGGGAGACGCUGUCGGCCGCGGCCGAGCCGCCCGCCGAGGGUGGGAAGGGUCCCUGCGGGGUCGAGCGGCCGCCCGGCCCUGGGAAGCGGGGGGCUUGCCCCAGCGAGGUGCCCCCCAUCGUGGUGCCGGCGCUGGCCGCCUCCCUGCAGACCCCGGCCGAGCGGCCCAGCCCGGUGGUGCCCCGGGGGAGCUGCCCGACCGGCAACUGGCAGGAGGAGACGGGCUCUUUGUGACUGACUACUUCACCCGCACGCCACGCAAGCUCAGCCCCUUCCGCUCCUUUGCCAGCAUCGAGCUCUUCCACUUCCACAUCCCUGAGGACACAGUCAUCGCCGUCUGGAACCUCAUCACCUUCAAGGAGCAGGGUGGCACCUUUGGGGACCAAUGCCCGGACCGUAGCAUCACCGUGAUUCAUCUUCCCAGGACCGUUGCAGGCUCCACUCUCGGGCAUCUCAUACAUGAAUGGUUUUGCUUGAACACACACCCAGGGAAGGUCAUAGUCUCCAGCAAGUCCCAGCUUACAGAUGGCUUCCCGCGAUGUCUCUGAGCUUCCUAAUAGCAUGGAGGACAGACCCCCUGUCUCUGCUAACUGCU